AUGGGACCGCUCCGCGAGGGUAGCAAGGUGAGCAGGGCCGGCGAGGCGGCCCCGGAGCCCUUUGGCCGCAGGUGGCGAGUCCCGGGAGACGGACCGCGGGUGACAGGAGUACAGGAGCAGAAACUGCAGCAGGAGAAGGAGAUCUCCCGCAGCCGCAUCCCCCGCCUGCUCCUUCGGCCUUAUGUAUCCCAGCAGCAACAGCAACAACAGAAAGUGUCCCCAGCCUCCGAGUCACCCUUCUCAGAGGAGGAGAGUAGAGAGUUCAACCCCCGCAGCUCUUCUGGAGGCUCAGCAAGGACCAUCAGCAGCAACAGCUUCUGUUCAGAUGACACUGGCUGCCCUAGUAGCCAAUCAGUAUCUCCCGUUAAGACUCCUUCUGAUGCUGGAAACAGUCCAAUCAGUUUUUGUACUGGCAGUGAUGGAGACUAUACCAAAAAGAAAUGUAAUGCUGGAACGGUGGGGGAAGGAAACCCACAGUCUGCGCGAUAUAAGAAGGAAACAAAGACAAACCCUGUAAAACCAGGGAGUGAAGCUGAUUUUAGCUCUUCAAGCAGCACAGGCAGCAUUUCAGCUCCUGAAGUUCAUAUGUCUGCUGGUGGGAGCAAAAGAGCCUCUUUUUCUCGCAAUCGUGGCCCUCAUGGACGGAAUAAUGGAUCUUCAUCAUACAAGUCUGGAGCCAGUCCGCCUACUUCUCGUGAGAAGGACCUAUUGUCAGUAUUGUGCAGAAAUCAGCUGAGUCCUGUUAACAUCAAUCAGAAUUAUGGGGCUUCUUCAGCCAGUAGCAGUAACUCAGGUUCAUACAAGGGAAGUGAUAGCAGCCCAGUUAUGAGACGGUCGGUGAGAUAUACUUCUUGUGGGGAGAAUCAUGGCAUUAAAGCACCACAUCCAGAGCAGUAUUUGACCCCACUGCAGCAGAAAGAAGUUACAGUGAGACAUCUAAAAACAAAACUGAAGGAAUCUGAGAGCAGACUUCAAGAAAGGGAAACAGAAAUAGAAGAGCUCAAGUCGCAGCUGGCUCGCAUGAGGGAAGACUGGAUUGAAGAGGAGUGUCAUCGAGUGGAAGCACAGUUGGCCUUGAAAGAAGCAAGAAAGGAGAUCAAACAACUUAAGCAGGUUAUUGAAACCAUGAAAAACAGCUUGGCUGAGAAAGACAAAGGGAUUCAGAAGUAUUUCAUAGACAUAAAUAUCCAAAACAAGAAACUGGAGUCCUUGCUUCAGAGCAUGGAGGUGGCUCAGAGUGGCUCUCUAAGGGAUGAGCAGUGUAUAGAGUAUACAUGUGAGUCACCUGGUAAGUCUUUAGGUCCAAGUACAAUAUAUUCCAAAAUGGUGGGCAGCCUAGUUAUGGAGGACCAAACCAUGGAGGACAGCAGGCUGUUGCUCAAUGAUGAUAUGGCUAAUGGGACUGACUUUUUUGAAGAAAUUAUUCUGGCCGCUGCACCUGAAUCUGGUGAUCCAGCCCUCUUCACUUCCAGUGCUGGGCCUGCUGCCCUAAACCAAAAUGCACUUGAAAGGGUCUGUGCUGAAAAACUAACAUCCUCACAGGCGGAGGAGGAGAGCGACAAUAGCAUGACGACGGAACAGGCCAUUCAGACUGAUGUGGUGCCAUACAGCCCGGAUGUGGAGCAGCUCGUUCAGAACAUAAUCAGAACACAACGUAUCAGUUCCAUGAGCCCAUUUGCUGCCUUAAAGGGAUUGGAUGGAUUUCCUGCUGGAUGCUUCAGUGAAUCUGCUUUGCUACUGGACUUAAAUCCAAGUGAUCCAAACUCUGCCAUCCUUUUGUCUCCCAUGGAGUCUCCAGGUAGCAAGGAGGAUUGGAGCGUUAGUGAAAACCGUGUUAUGAAGGAACUUGACUUUACAGCCUCUCAUGAUGAAACAUUCAGAAAUGUCAUUACUGUCUCCCAGGCAGGCAUCACGAAAAGGUACUGGAGCAGCAGUUUCCUUGUUGAUCUUUUGGCUGUAGCAGCCCCCAUUGUACCAACAGUAAUGUGGGCAUUCAGCACUCAGCGAGGUGGAACGGAUCCGAUCUAUAACAUCGGCGCAUUGCUUCGUGGCUGUUGCCUGGUGGCGCUACACUCGCUGCGUCGUGCACCUUUCAAUAUCAAAACCUAA